UCUUCUCGUCCAUUCUUCGUACCUCAACUUUUUUCCAUCACUUAAGCGUCUGCCCUUCACAACACCACUUCUAACCUUUCUUCAUUCGUCAUUCACUUGGAGUCCUGGAGCACUGUCUGGGUCAUAUUCCAUCUCUCCAUCAUCUGAAAGCACCUCACAAGCAUCAUGCAGCGCAUACUCUCAUCCCGAACGCGGUCUUCCGCCAUUAACUCGAGCUCCAAGCUUCGAUCCUCCGCGUUCAACUUACAGCAGCAACGAUUUGCACACAAGGAGCUCAAAUUCGGUGUAGAGGGACGCGCAUCUCUACUGAGAGGUGUCGACACCCUCGCCAGAGCUGUCGCUACCACAUUGGGUCCCAAGGGCCGAAAUGUUUUGAUAGAGUCCAGCUACGGAUCCCCCAAGAUUACGAAGGAUGGUGUAACUGUUGCCAAGGCUAUCACGCUCGAGGACAAGUUCGAGAACCUUGGAGCUAGACUUCUACAAGAUGUCGCCUCCAAAACCAAUGAAGUUGCCGGUGACGGUACUACCACCGCAACAGUCCUUGCCCGUGCCAUAUUCUCAGAGACAGUGAAGAACGUGGCCGCCGGCUGCAACCCAAUGGACCUUCGUCGUGGUACCCAAGCUGCAGUCGAGGCUGUGGUUGAGUAUCUCCAAGCACACAAGAGGGAUAUCACAACCAGCGAGGAAAUCUCGCAGGUCGCCACUAUUUCGGCCAAUGGUGAUACACAUAUUGGAAAGCUGCUUUCCAACGCCAUGGAAAAGGUUGGCAAGGAAGGUGUCAUCACCGUCAAGGAGGGCAAGACCAUUGAAGACGAGCUCGAGGUUACUGAGGGUAUGAAAUUUGACCGGGGAUUCAUUUCCCCAUAUUUCAUCACGGAUACCAAGGCGCAAAAAGUCGAAUUCGAGAAACCACUAAUCCUUCUGUCUGAGAAGAAGAUUUCCGCUGUCCAGGAUAUUGUACCCGCUCUCGAGGCAUCUCAGCAGAUGCGCCGUCCUCUUGUCAUCAUUGCCGAGGACAUCGAUGGUGAGGCUCUAGCUGUCUGUAUUCUUAACAAGCUCCGUGGACAACUCCAAGUAGCUGCUGUGAAGGCUCCCGGGUUUGGUGACAACCGCAAGUCCAUUCUAGGCGAUCUGGCUGUUCUCACCAACGGUACCGUCUUCACUGAUGAACUUGACAUUAAGCUCGAGAAGGCUACUCCCGACAUGCUCGGAUCCACUGGUUCCAUCACCAUCACAAAGGAGGACACUGUAAUUCUGAAUGGCGAGGGCACCAAGGAUGCUGUCACCCAGCGUUGCGAACAGAUUCGGGGUGUCAUCAAUGACCCGACUACUUCAGAUUACGAGAAAGAGAAGCUUCAGGAGCGUCUCGCCAAGCUCUCUGGUGGCGUCGCUGUCAUCAAGGUUGGCGGUGCUUCCGAAGUUGAGGUCGGCGAGAAGAAGGACCGCAUUGUGGACGCUCUCAACGCUACUAGAGCAGCUGUCGAGGAGGGCAUCCUUCCCGGUGGCGGUACUGGUCUUCUCAAGGCUGCUGCAAACGCACUUAACGACAUCAAGCCCGCCAACUUCGAUCAACAACUUGGAAUCACCAUUGUUAAGAACGCAAUCACUCGUCCAGCACGGACUAUCGUUGAGAACGCUGGCCAGGAAGGUAGCGUCAUUGUUGGCAAGCUCAUGGAUGAAUUUGGCAAGGACUUUAACAAAGGCUACGACAGCUCUAAGGGCGAAUAUGUCGACAUGAUUUCGGCUGGUAUCCUUGACCCAUUCAAGGUCGUACGUACAGCACUGAGAGAUGCUAGUGGUGUCGCCUCUCUACUUGGAACGACCGAAGUUGCCAUAGUCGAAGCACCUGAAGAGAAGGGACCUCCGCCAGGUAUGGGUGGUGGCAUGGGCGGCAUGGGUGGUAUGGGCGGUAUGGGAUUCUAAAACGUGGAACCUUGAACCGCGUCUACUCGAUUUCUUGUAUACCCAUUUCUCGUCCCAACGCCCUUGGCUGAUGUAUAUGAUUAACCCCCCACUCCUCACUCCUCUUCAAAUGUUGUCUUCAUACCUUUGACUUCAUAUUUGCAUUAUUGAGCGGAAUUCUGACAUGUACCAACUCCCCUGUAUACUACUACCGUGGAUGGAGGAAAGGAAAAAGUAAUUUAUUGUCUAGACAGUAUCAAAAAACUGCAAUCGAAUCGGCAAUUCAUCUCUACUGCUGGAGACAGGAUGCGAUGGAAGUCGUCGCGCGCAACUCCAUGUCGAGCAC